CAAGAGUAACAGAUUGCACAUUUACUCAAGAAGAGCUUAGAGCAAGAGCAGUAAGAAACAAACAGUCCAGAAAGAGGGGCUACAAUCGCACGAGGGAGUGUCUUUAGAGAGAUCAGACCACAGCACAACGCAGGGCUAAGGAGAGGCAAGACGGAAUCAUACAGAGAUGCUGGCCGGGAAUUAGUACCAUGGAUAUUGCGGCUAACGUGAGACAGUUCAAGGACUUCUUGCUCCUGUACAACCACAUCUCAGAGCGCUGCUUCAACCUGUGUGUUAAUCGCUUCAAUGACAGGGAGCUGUCCUCAGAGGAAAACACCUGCCUGGAUCACUGUGUAAGCAAGCACAUCCAGGCUAACCACCUGAUAAUGUCCGUGUAUGCUGAGCUGCAGCCUGUCUACAUGCAAAGGAGAUUGGACGAGAUGAACAAGCAGUUAGAGGCCCAGCAAGCAGCACAAGAAUCAGCUGUGGUGCAAGCAGAAAAGCAGCAGCAGCAGUAG